UAUUAACUUAAUAGUUCUUCAAUAUCGGCAAAAUGAAGUUCGUGGCACUGACACUCCUGGCGCUCGCGGCGGUGGCCUCCGCAAGGAACGUCCACCUCGAGGAUUCUAUUGAUCUGGAAGAUAUUACCGCUUGGGGAUACCUCACCAAAUUCGGUAUUCCAGAAGCUGAGAAAAUCCGCAACGCUGAAGAAGCUAGCUCUGCUAGCAGGAUUGUCGGUGGUUCAUUGUCCAGUCUCGGACAGAUCCCUUACCAGGCUGGUCUCGUCAUCGACUUGUCAGGUGGCCAGGCUGUCUGCGGAGGCUCCCUGAUCAGCGCUUCCCGCGUACUGACCGCUGCUCACUGCUGGUUCGAUGGCCAAAACCAGGCCUGGAGAUUCACCGUUGUUCUUGGUUCCACCACAUUGUUCUCCGGUGGUACCAGAAUCGCUACAUCCAAUGUUGUCAUGCACGGUAGCUGGACUCCUAGCCUUAUCCGUAACGAUGUUGCCGUGAUCAGAUUGGGCACCAACGUUGGCACCUCAAACACCAUUGCCAUCAUCGCUCUGCCCAGCGGCAGCCAGAUCAACGAGAACUUCGCCGGUGAAACUGCCCUCGCCUCCGGCUUCGGUCUCACCAGUGACAGCGGCAGCAUCUCCAGCAACCAGGCUCUGAGCCACGUCAACCUGCCAGUGAUCACCAACGCUGUGUGCAGAUCUUCAUUCCCCCUCCUGAUCCAGGACUCCAACAUUUGUACCAGCGGUGCCAACGGCAGGAGCACUUGCCGCGGUGACUCCGGCGGUCCUCUUGUCGUCACCAGGAACAGCAGACCACUCUUGAUCGGUAUCACCUCCUUCGGAUCUGCCCGUGGUUGCCAGGUUGGAUCUCCCGCUGCCUUCGCCAGAGUCACCUCUUACAUCAGCUGGAUCAACGGCCAGCUCUAAAAUAUCAGCAGAAUAUUUUGCCUACAGAGCUACUUUGAAAUACGUCAAUUUAAAUAAAUAUCUUAUUUAUUUAAA